AUGCGUGUCGCCAUAGCUGGAGGUACUAGCCCUACUCUUGGCACAAGUAUUGUUUCCGCUCUUCUCGCCACUCAAGGCCGUUAUACUCCGGUGAUCCUCUCACGCAAGAAACGAGACGUUUCUCGGCCUUCGGCCCAACAAAGUUGCGAGAUUCGAUAUGUGGACUACAGUUCACAACCCUCCCUUGUGGCAGCCCUGCGGGAUGUGGAAGUUGUCAUCAGCGUUCUCCUAAUACCGGGUCCGGACUGGGUUACCGCACAAGUGAACCUCCUCCACGCAGCGGAAGAAGCUGGGUGUCGACGAUUCGCACCGUCAGAGUUCUCACUCACAGAACAUGCACAUACAAUGGUUGAUCUACUUGCAGCAAAGAACGUAGUCUGGAAAGAAGUUCAGACCUCAAUCCGCCAAGGCAAGAUCGACGCCGCUCGGUUUCCAUGCGGUAUGUUCAUGAACUACCUUGGCAUUGGAAUUCCAGAGGAGGAGAUAAGGCUGGAAGCACUCGCAGGUUUCCAAGAAGGGUCUUUUCUCAUCCAUCUAGAUGCUCCAUCACCUUGGAUCGAGGUCCCAGUACACGCAGAUGGAUCAUUUCCGAGUUUGAGCAUGACAGACAUCAGAGAUGUGGGUUCGUUUGUAGUUGCUGCUUUGGACAUUGAAGAGCCGUGGGGAGGUAGGGAUCUGGGAAUGGCAGGGGAUACUCUAAGCUUCGCCGAUUUGAUCAGUUUAUGCGAACAAUACACUGGGAAAUCAAUUGAGGUCCGCAAGGUGACGAAAGCAGAGCUCAUUACACGGCUCAGAGGUAUACCUCCGAGCCAAUUCAUUCAAUACAUGGAAUGUCAACUGGAGAUUGUGGGGACGUUGGAUCAAUGGGUGAUUGAUCCCGCGUUGAAUCGUCUAUCGUCGGUCCAGCCAACCACGGUGGAACAGUACAUGAGACAAUACUGGGGCAGAAAAUGA